GACAUGAUUACGAGAGAGAUAUCCGAAAGGCGUAGGAGAUUACUCGAGGCGACCGGUGAUACGCCCUUUGGCCCUCCAUAUCCUGGUUGUGGCACGGAUAGGCAACCUGCGCGUCCCGGUAGCAUUGAUCCCGGUCGAACACCCAUGAUUGGUCAAGGCAUUCAGUUUCCCCAUAAACCCCAAUCGGAUACAGAUACGGUGGUACUGCCCCCGAAAUCAAGGCCGAAACGAAACGCUCCUGUGCGGGAGCCCAAGAAGAGUUCCCCUGGUCCGGCUUGGGGCGGUACUGAAGCUCCCACCCAGCCCAAAUGUCAAUCCAAUCAAGAGGAAAACAACUUUGCAAAGGGUGCUCCACCGGCUUGUCCACCUCCACCAACAACACCACCGCAAAAAUCGAACCAGCCCUACAUCAUUGGGGCGUUAACUUUAACCGCUGGCGGUUUAGCUCUCGCUUACAAGCUGGGUUUAUUUGACGAUGAACCUGUGGUCGAAAAACAGAGCACUACAUCCACUCAGCAUAACAAGAAAAGUAAGCUUCCAUAUCCACUAUCUUCGGCGGAGCUUCCAAAGGAGGUUCCUUACCUACUGAUUGGUGGCGGAACCGCAAGUUUUGCAGCAUUUCGCGCAAUCAAAGGACACGAUGCGAAAGCUAAAGUGCUCGUCAUCAGCAACGAGCCGGAAAUGCCCUACAUGAGACCUCCUCUUUCGAAAGAACUUUGGUUCAGUCCCGAGGAAAGAGCACAGCAAGAACCGUUAAAAUUCAAACAAUGGAACGGAGUGGAACGAAGCAUUUACUAUGAACCAGAGGAUUUCUAUAUUGACCCCGCAAAACUGUUGGAGGCACCCAAUGGUGGUGUGGCAAUUGCUAGGGGCUACGAGGUGCAAAAAAUUGACGUCGUUAAUAAGAAAGCUAUUUUAACGGAUGGGACGGAAAUCAAGUAUGAAAAAUGUUUACUAGCAACAGGGGCGAGACCAAAAAAUUUAUCCGUGCUCGAGGCUGCCCCACUGGCGGUGAAAGAUCAUCUAACACUUUUCAAGAGUGUUCAUGACUUCGAAGAACUCAGCGACAAGCUAGAGGCAGGCGGUAAAAUAGCCAUCAUUGGAGGUGGAUUUCUAGGAAGCGAACUUUCGUGUGCUCUGGCAAAAUUCAGCGAGAUUCGUGAUAAGAAGCUUGAGGUGUAUCAAUUGUUCCACGAGGAUGGCAAUAUGGGUAAAAUACUGCCCGAAUACCUCAGUCAGUGGACCACGGAUCGUGUUCGUGAGGAGGGUGUGAAGGUGUGGCCGAAAACGCAAAUCAAGGCCGCCGAGGUACAGGACAAGAAACUCAAGCUGACUCUCACCGACGAUAGCACAUUGGUAGUGGAUCACGCGGUUGUCGCCGUUGGUUCGGAACCGAAUACUGAUCUGGCGAAAACGUCCGACUUGGAAGUGGACCCAACUCUCGGAGGAUUCGUUGUGGAUGCCGAGCUGCGGGCACGAUCACAUCUUUACGUGGCUGGUGACGCCGCAUGCUUCUACGACCCGAAGCUGGGCCGACGGCGUGUGGAACACCAUGACCAUGCUGUGGUCUCCGGACGUCUAGCUGGGGAAAAUAUGGCAGGGCUGAACAAGCCAUACACCCAUCAGAGCAUGUUUUGGUCAGAUUUGGGUUCCAAAAUUGGAUAUGAAGCGAUCGGCAUAAUCGACUCUGCUCUGCCAACAGUGGCGGUAUUCGCGAAAAACAUUACCCCUCAAACCAUUCCGGACACCAGUGAAAAACUCCAGGCCGCAAAUGCCACGCUGAUUCCUGCUACGAAAACGACGGCUUCCGUUUUGAACCAUACCACCGUGGUGAAAGCCGAGGAAAAACCAACGGUGAAGGAGCUGGAAGAGCAGGAUGACUUCAACAAGGGCGUUAUUUUCUACCUGAGGGAUGAGAAGGUUGUUGGGGUUUUGCUGUGGAAUAUUUUCAACCGAAUUGGUACGGCGAGGAAGAUCGUUUCGCAGCACACGAAGUAUGACGAUUUGAAUGAAGUCGCAAAAUUGUUCAAUCUGCACGACCGGCCAGAAGCAGAGGAAGCGGAUGCACAGAAAGAUUAAUAUCAUUUGUUGAACGCAUUCAUGAAUCCCGCGUAAUCCCCAAAUUUACUGUUACUUUUAUUUGUACUAGUAUUCUCGUAUCGAGUUAUUUUGUGGCAUUUUACAUUUUUGUUUCUAUAUAAGCGAUGAUAAGCGCACUUCAGGGAUUGUAAUAAACAUUGGGUGCGAAUCUAA